UGGAAAAGAGCACGAAGCAUUCAAGAUUUCUAUGCCGCCAUUUUCUGUUGGGGUGCCGUUCUACCCCCACCCCCCCAAAAACCGUGUGUAAGAUGAGCUGCUGACACAUUCAUGGAGCCAAACAGCUGCCACGGCCUGGAGGUCGAAGCCAAGGUGGAAGGGGGGCCGGCGGCGGACACGAAGAUGGCUGACCUGAGAGUCCGAGUGGAGGGGAGCGUUUUCGUGGUGGAGAGGGCCCUGCUGGAGCGGGGCAGCGAGUACUUCCGCGCCCUUUUCCACUCGGGAAUGAGAGACUGCCGCCAGGAGGAGCUGGAUCUGAAGGGCCUUCGCGCGCGAGGCUUCGCCGUCGCGCUCCAGGUCCUGGCGGGCGGGAGGCCCGCGCUGAGCGACGACGACGAGAUCGCGGAGGCCGUCGAGUGCGCCGCCUUCCUCCAGGUGGAGUCUCUGACCAAACACCUGCUGGACCUGGUGGACUCCGACAACUGCCUGCUCAUGUACCAGACGGCGGCCGCGUUCGGCCUCCUGGAGCUGUACGACGGCGCGGCCCGGUUCAUUCGGGACAUGUACCCUGACCUGGAGGAGGACCUGAAAUGCCUGCCGGGGGAACUCGUGGAGUACGUGGAGUCGCUGGCGCCCAGCGUGUUCGUGGCUGUCGGCACGCACACCAGCUGCACCACCGCGGAGCUGCCGCACGCCGCCACCAGGACCGUGUGCUACUUGGACGAGGACGAAAAUGACUGGAAGGUUCUGACCGAGCUGCCAAUGGAAGCCAGCACCACGAUGGCUGGCGUGGCGGUGCUGGACAACAGGCUGUACAUAGUGGGGGGCGUGUGCGGGGGGCGCAGACUGGCCAUGGAGUCCUGCUUCUGCUACGACGCGGCGACCAAUGCGUGGAGCGCUUUAGCCAGCCCCCAGCAGCUACGCUACAACUUCAUGCUGGUGGGCCACGAGGACCACCUGUACGCGAUUGGAGGGGAGUAUGAGAAAGCGAUCAUGGCUUCGGUGGAGAGAUACCAGGUCUCCACCGGGACUUGGUCCUUUGCAUCCGACCUGCCCCGACCGGUGUCCGGCGGGGCCUGCACCAAGGCCAUGUCCAGGAUAUUUGUGUGCCUGUGGAAGCCGAUGGAAACCACCGAAAUCUACGAGUACCUUCCCAACAGGGACCGGUGGACUCUGGUCACGACGCUCAUACGGCCCCAGAGUUACGGCCAUUGCAUGGUGGGCCACAGGGACGACCUCUACGUGAUGCGAAACGGCCCCUCCGACGACUUCCUGCGGUGCGUGAUGGACUGCUACAGCCUGACCUCGGGCCAGUGGACGGCCUUGCCGGGGCACUAUGCCAACAGCAGGGGGGCGCUAUUCACCGCGAAGGUGCGGGGCGACUCGGCGUUCACCGUGAACCGCUCGGCCACGCUGGAGUACGCCGUCAAGGACAAGAAGUGGAAACCCAGAACGCAGCUGAGAGGUUUCCCGAGAAGCGGCUCCAUGUGGACCUUCUUCCUCAGGCUUCCUAAGGCCGACACAAGGCCCGUGCGUAACCGAGCGCUCCACAGCUGAUGUGACGAGAUC